GUCACUCUUGGGACUCAAGAAAAUGGAGAAUAAUUUGAAAACUAUUUCAACUAAGAAAUUGUUCAAUGAAGAAUUAAAGAAAUUCCAUCAUCCAAAGUACAAUAAGGAUUCCUCGACCAUCAGUUUGAGGCACAAGAUCUCCUCAACCUCUAGGUUUGAUGACUGAUUGUGAAAUAUUGAUAGUGACUCAGACCCUCUUCCAGCCCCCCAGAAAGUCCCUCUUUUUCAGUACAAAUUUAAUUUUACUGAGCGAAAGGGCAAAAGGAGACAAAGCAACCCCCAGAGCCAUAUCUCAGAGGAGAAUUAUCUUCAACCUCCAAUGUUUUUAUAAGCGACUCGAAUUAUGCAAGGCCGAGGAUAAAAUCUGCGUGUAGGGAUUUGAAAUGGAUACCUCCGCGCAAGUUCGGAGAUAAGAUACUAUCAAGUAACCUCAAAGAGGAGAGUAAGAGAAUUCCAAUAGAUAAAUCAUAUCUCUACUACGAUGAAGACAGCUUGAUCCAAAAUUCUAAUUCAAAGCCAAUUGAAAGUAUAAUCAGUAGCAAACAUUCGAAAAGUGAGAGCACUCCUGGGUUUGGAAAGCCUGACAAUAAUAUGCCCACUCAUUUAUCUAAGAUGGGCCAGAGCAAACAAAGUGGCUUCUUCCCUCAAAGAUAUGUUAAGAGUCCAUCUAGUCUGGCUGUUCCACGGCCUAGAAGAAGAAAGAGGUCCAAGAAUUGGGCAAACUCAUAACGAUUUAUACAGUUCCUUUAAUUCUAAUAAUAUUAUCGUUUCAAUGU